UAAUAAUAAAAAUAAAAUUAAAAUAAAAUUACAAUUAAAAUAAAAAAUAAAUAAAAAUUAAAAUAAAAUUAAAUAAAAUUAAAAAUAGUAAAUUACCACUGUGUUACCUAUACAUCUUGGGGGGGUUGAUAAAUCUGAGCAAGGUGCAAAACGUCCGUUUAACUUUCUGUAGCUUCUCUCUGGUUUAAUGCUUCUCUUUAGGAUACAAAAAAUAAAAAAAUUAUAACUCUCUUAUCUGAAAGUUCACAUAUGUUUAAAUCUCCUCCAGAUGCUCCAAAGCUUCCCUCAGUGUCAGUGAGUCCCUCUGCUGAGACAGUGGAGAACAGUUCAGUUACUCUGACCUGCAGCAGUGAUGCUAACCCAGCAGCUAACAUUACCUGGUACAAGGAGAAUGGAAAUCAAACUCAUCAGCUUCUCAGUGAACGACAGCUUGUCCUCAGCUCCAUCCAGUCCUCUGGCUCUGGACAGUAUCACUGCACAGCUGAGAACAAGCUGGGGAGGAAGACAUCAGGAAACCUCUUCAUUGAUGUCAAAUAUGCACCAAAGCGUCCCUCUCUGUCAGUGAGUCCUUCUGCUGAGAUAGUGGAGGGCAGUUCAGUGACUCUGACCUGUAGCAGUGAUGCUAACCCAGCAGCUAGCAUUACCUGGUACAAGGGGAACCAAUCACCGCUUCGAGGACAAGAAGGAAGUUACCAUUUCACCUCCAUCAGCUCUGAGGACAGAGGGAUCUACUACUGCAAGUCUGAGAAUCAACACGGAGUGAUCAACUCUUCAUCUGUAUUCAUAGAUGUCGCGUGUAAGUAG